AUGGAAUUGAGUGCGGAUACUCCUAUAUCUACACUGGAAAUCCCUCCACAGCUUGGGAAGCGCCAGGAGACAUUGAGUUCGGCUCCUGCGUCUGCAGAGUCAUCACCAGGCUCAACGAACGCGGUAUCAUCUACACCAUCUCCGUCUUCUACAUCGUCGACGAGUGCAGCCACGCCGACCAUAGUCGACUUCCCCACCCCCAAUGGACCACCACUCCUGCAAAUCGGGAGCUACAAUUGUACAUCUCUGAUGACGCUGAAUUUGCUCACGGGUAUCCUAGAGGACUUUCUCGAAAUUACAGCUACUACGACUGAUGCUGAGAUAACCAUGUUCACAUUCAACGUGCAUGCUGCCUCGUCCAUCACUGAUCCGGACGCCCCAGCACCGAGCCUUGCGCAAGACCAGCUUCCCGAAGAUGGGCAACUCCUUAGCGACGUGUUGCAGGGUAAUCUUUCUGAUAACACGCUUACGCCAAACGCCUUGGGUGACCAACGCGCAAACUUGAAUAGUUCGUGGUAUGACGUCGACUGGUCUAACCGCCCAUUGACUGGCUAUUACGAGGACUCCAAAAACGCCGAUGGACAGCUGUUCACACAAAGUGGAUGGCCCACAGAAGCUUUCAUGGAGUUCAAGCAGCUACGUCGGGUCGUCGUUAGUUACGGUACAAUCGAUCCGCAGAUGGAGAAGUACAACAUUGGAACAGAUCUCCAAUACGUCUUCCCUCCCGGAACCAUCAUCGACGAGCAGUCAGUAUCGCUUGGCUCCGAUGGGCGUGUAACUUCCGGAUGCUUGUUUGCAUCUUCCGACAACACCUUGACUUCGACAAGAAACUCGUCUUGGGCUCUCGCUGAUGCACCAUCACUUGAUAUUAGCGCGACGCCCGACUUUCAGUCAACCAUACCUUCCGUUACCAAUCUUACCGCCUGCGGCAUCACACCCUUCCUCAACCAAACCCUCGGAAACGCAACUGCAGACAAGAACCCCUUACCCUACGCCGCAUACGUACACUCAACACUAUGGACGUUUGCUCCGGGACAACCUCUCAAUUCCUCCGGAGAAGGCGACGACACAAACGACAACCGCUGCGUCGUCAUGAUGAAGUCGCCAUAUCCACAGCGCUGGCGCAUAGAAGACUGCAACCAACGCCACCGCGUGGCCUGCCACGAUCCACGACAACCAUACAAUUGGCGUAUAUCGGACGACUCAACCUACUACGCGAACGCUGAGGGCUAUUGUCGGGACCCGUAUCGAUUCAGCGUACCCCACACCGCGCUGGAGAAUGCACAUCUCUAUUCUGCCUGGCAAGCUGCCGUUCCUGAUGAAGAUGUGCUGUACAUCAACAUGAACAGUCUGAGUGUGCCGGAUUGCUGGGUCAUUGGACUCAAUGCGACAUGUCCAUAUCUUCCUACCACUGACACGAAUCGUACGCGUAUCGUCGUUGUGCCGACGGUCGCGGCUGUAAUUAUCUUCCUGCUGGCUGUACUUACCUUUUUUAUCAAGUGCGCAGCGAACCGAAGAGAGAACAAGAGGGGAAGGAAGAGAAGGUUAGUCGAUGGUUGGGAGUACGAGGGUGUUCCUAGUUGA